AUGUUCGAUGAACUUCCUCAAACAAAACUAAUUACUUACAGUGAAUUAUGGGUUCCGCCAAUUCCCAGCGACUUCUAUAAGAAUGUAGACAACAAAUCCGUAGAAAUGUGGCUAAAGGAGGCCAGACACAACUACGAACAGGAGUGCAUGACUACCCUUCAAUGCAAAUCGAUAGUGGGGGAGCUUAAUCAAAAAGUCUCUCAUCUCGCAGCCUGCACUACGACUAUAGUACGAGGGAUUAUAUCACAUUCCAGAUGCAUAGAAAUGGAGUACAAUAGUUUAAAUAGCAGCGAUCCAAAAAACAUAAACCCCCUAAUUCAAAGCUUGGUCGGAAAUAUUUCAGACUUUUUAAAAAGCCACAAUCAUCAACUCAGCCUAAACAUAAAACUCUGCGACGAAGCAAAAACUGCCAAAGGAGAUGUAGCUUUAAAAGUGAUCUCAGUACUCUUCAGUCACUGGCAGGAAGCUCGUAAAGAGGCACUUACCAAAGAAAUAAAAAAUUUAGUCAAUAAACUCGAAAGUCCUACUUCUGAACUAGAUCUUCGAGCCACCAUAACGGGAAUCACUUCGAUAGCUCUAAGGAAUGAAGAAGUUGUCGAAAUUUGUACCAACGCUGAUAUUGUGCCAAUUUUGCUAAUUUUGUGCGAAAAAUGCGAAGGGUCUUCUAUGAGGAGUCUCUUAUUACGAGCCUUGAGCACUGUUUGCUGCAGUUCUUCAGCGGUAAGACAGUUUGAAAAAUUCUCAGGCGUACAGAUUAUAGCAGAUACUUUGGAGGAACAUUCGAGACCAGAAACGGAAAGGUCUGAAGCUGUUGCGUUACUGGCUCAAGUCACUGCUCCUUGGGUGGAAGACAAUCAUUCUGUUAAAGGUUUACAGGACUACUCCAGAAAAUUAGUCAAAUCUUUAACAAAAUUCGCAGCUAACACCAAGUGCUGCCAAAAUUUGCUCUUAUGUGCAGCAGCUCUGGCAAAUCUGAGCACCAUGGACUCGAAAGCAAUAAAAUACAUGAUCCAUAACAACACAGCUAAAUUUCUUAUGGAAAAUAUUCAAUCCCGUGGACCAGCAGCUUCAAUAUACCUAUUAGAGCAGAUGGCAACACUUCUAGCAAAUCUCUCGGCUUCUGAUAUCGCUAGAAAACAGCUGACUGAAAUGAAAGCACCAACAGCACUUUUAUGUUUCUUAAAGAUGAAUCUAAAUGGAGAAGAUGUAGAAAAAAGACUGCAACAGAAGAGUAUCAUCGCUUUGUCGAGGUUAUGUGGGGAACGAGCUGCGGCCAUGCAAGCAACGCUUAGAAAGAUCGUCGAUACGUGCGGAAGUGACGUCUUGAGUGCCCAAGACGCUCAAGAGUUAGUCGAACCGAAGCUACUUGACUCAUUUUUAGCCUACUCAUCUCAGAACGAGAGCUACGUAUGAUAUUUUUAGAAGGCUUAAUGUAUUUUGUAAAACCGAGCUUAGUUGUGAUGUAUUCAAAUACAUAUAUAUAUAUAUAUAUAUAUAUAUAUAUAUAUAUAUAUAUAUAUAUAUAUAUAUAUAUAUAUAUAUACAGAGCGCAGC